AAAAUGCUCAAGUUCCAAGCGGCCACUAAGGAAGACCUCAAGGUCGCGGCGUGCAUAGAGAGAAAAAGACAGAUUGAAGAAGCAAGAAAGUCGCGGAUUUUCAAUCCACGAGUGAGACGUAUUGGGAUAGAUAAAGAGUUCCUGGACAAGCAGAUCGCGGAGAAGGAACAGCUGCGUCAGCUGGAGCGAGAAAAAGAGCACCAGCUGGAUGAGACACUAGUGCGCAACAGCCAACUCGCGAUUAUACUUGAGCAAAGAGAGGAAGAGGAGCGAAGAAAAUUGAAUAAAGAGAUUAACGACUAUCGACAAGUGUUUCAACGCGCGCAAGAUCGACGGGAAUUCGAUCUCUAUGAUCCGGAUCAAUUGAGGAAGUCAUUGCCGGCUAGAGUGGAUGACGACGAUCCUAGGAUUGGAUUGGCAUCAGCGCAGAAAUUUGAGGGUGAAGAUCCGAACCAGGCGGAGCGUCUGAAGCUCCAAAAAGAGCAGAUGCAAGCCUGGCUGAUGCAGCAAGUCCACGAGCGACGAGCGAUCGAAAGUGAGCGCAGAAACGCAGACGAAGCUCAUCAGGACGCCGUCAUCUCCCGGGACAAACGAGCCGGCAUGCUCGAGCGGAUGGAGAUGGAGUGCCGAAGGCAUCUGGAAGAGGCCAACGCUCAGUUCAAUCGCAAACUCGCAGAGGAGCAGGCGUAUCGGAGGCGCACUGAGAGCUUCAAGGACGAGGAGGACAACCGCGCUGAGAUAUACAAUCACGUGACCGGUGACUUCCUGACGGAAGCGAAGGAGCAGGCGGAGAGCAGUCGUGGUCCCCAUCGAGUUCUCGCCGAACGCUACAAGGGCAUGACCUUGGACGAGCUCAAGGCUAUAUGGAGUGAACAGUCGCGACAGAUGGAGGAAAUUCAGAGGAUGAAGUUGGAGGAGAGACGUAGGAACGAAGAGUGGGACAGACUGAUGGAGGGCAAUGCCCGAGCUGGUGAGCUUUACCAACGAGAGCUGGAUAAAAAGAGAUUGCAAAUCAGCAAACAAAUUGCGGAGGAGAACCUGAGACUCGCGCAACAGCAGAGGAUGCACCAGGAGUAUUUGAACCGCAGGGUUUAUAAGAAGGAACAUAUGCCGGAGUUCUUCCAGCAGUUCAACACUACCACACGUUGA